AUUUGAUUUGAACAACAAUAAAAUAAUUUAUUGACGUUUGCUUGCUGGUAAAUACGCAUCCUCUUCUAUCAGUUUUAUUGAAAAUUCAACAUUCUAAAGUGUUAAAUUGGAUUUAAAACUUUGCAAUGGGUGAAAGAUACAACAUUCACAGUCAGCUAGAGCAUCUUCAGAGCAAGUACAUAGGUACUGGUCACGCAGACACGACUAAAUACGAGUGGUUGACGAACCAGCAUAGAGAUUCCUGCUGCAGCUAUAUGGGACACCCUGAUCUUCUAAGUUACUUUGCUAUCGUGGAAAACGAAUCAAAAGCCCGUGUGAAGUUCAACCUUAUGGAAAGAAUGCUACAGCCAUGCGGGCCGCCGCCAGAGAAGCCUGAAGAUUAAUAGAAUACAGAGAAUAUUAGGUUUUAAGGACUAAUGUAAUUGAAUAACUGUUAAAGAAUAUAAGUAAUUUGCAUAAG